UGAGCGCCACGAACGGCUCACAGGCCAACCUUACUCACACCAUUUACCAGUUAGCCAUCUGCUCCCUUCAGAUAUUAUUUUAUGGCUUUCCUUUGUUUUCACUAAGGCCCAAACAGGAAUGAAAUCGUGGGUCCUGUAGCUAGCCCUUUCAAAUAAAUAGUUCUGCCAUCGCUCUAAUAAGUUUGACAAGUUGGUCACAGGCCCUGGGCAGGAAGCUAAUAAACUUCAAGUUGCUUUUCUAUUGUUUUCCUAAAACAAUUUGACUUCCUUUCUGAUAGCCUCAAAUUCCUUCAAUAAAAAUAGAGUAGCCGGGAGCCAGAGGAAGAGCUGAACCUGAGCCAAGUUGUGCUUACAAUGCCGCCUGCGUAAGAUCACAUUUUAUCCCGAUCCACGAAGACCCUUUAAAAGAAUAGCAGGCAGACAGCUGCCAGUGCAUGUCAGGAACAGCUCAGGAGCGAGUCUCCCCCAGCACUGGUCCUCCAGGCUGGAGGGGAUCUCCAGCCAGUGAGACAGUGUCAGACCACAGGCUGAGCUCCUGGGAGCUGACCGGGGUUCGCUCACCCUGCCCAGAGUGAACUCAGCCUCCCUCAGAUGCUCCAGGAUCUCUUCUGGGAGCCGAACACUGGUGCAGAGGUGGGCUCCAGCAAGACCAAAGGGCUGUGCUAAAGCUCUGCCACCCUUCAGUCAACUUUACCUGUUCCUCUCUCUACCUGUGCAGGCUCAGCAAAAAGAGAGGCUUGCACUCAGCUCUCAAGGCUUCUCACCCCUCCUGGUGAGCAGAGAUGGGAGAGUGGAGUUUCCUGGGAGACUUCCUCGAGAAGGUCCACAAACACUCCACGGUGGUGGGGAAAGUCUGGCUGACCGUGCUCUUCAUCUUCCGGAUGCUGGUGCUGGGAACAGCGGCGGAGUCCUCCUGGGGGGACGAGCAGUCUGACUUCAUGUGCGACACCCAGCAGCCCGGCUGCGAGAACGUCUGCUACGACAAGGCCUUCCCCAUCUCCCACGUGCGCUUCUGGGUCCUGCAGAUCAUCUUCGUCUCCACCCCGUCCCUGGUCUACAUGGGCCACGCCAUGCACACGGUGCGCAUGGAGGAGAAGAGGAAGAUGAAGGAGGCAGAGAUAGAGGCCCGAGAGAACAAAAACGGUGGCAGCACGUACUACCAGCAGAAGUGCUCCGUGGCAGAGGAGACGAAGCUGUCUGGCUGGGACGAAGCGGGAGGCCAAAUCAUACUGAGGGGCAGCCUGCUGAACACCUACGUCUACAGCAUUUUGAUUCGAACUGCCAUGGAAGUGGCCUUCAUCGUGGGGCAGUACGUCCUCUACGGGAUCUUCCUGGAGACCCUGUACAUCUGCCAGCGGGCGCCGUGCCCCCACCCUGUCAACUGCUACGUGUCCCGCCCCACGGAGAAGAACGUCUUCAUCGUCUUCAUGCUGGCUGUGGCAGUGCUCUCCCUCUUCCUCAGCCUGGCCGAGCUGUACCACUUGGGCUGGAAGAAGGCCAAGGAGAGGUGCUCCCGGUCUUACAAGGCCGGCCCCAGCGCAGCCCCCGGCAGGCUGGAGUCCGCCCCGCAGGCGGAGAGGGCGCAGAUGUACACCCCGCCGCCGGAUUUUAACCAGUGCUUGUCAAGUCCCAACGGGAAGUUCAUCAGCCCCUUCAGCAACAAGGUGGCCUCCCAGCAGAACACCGCCAACUUCGCCACCGAGAGGGUCCACGGCCAGGAGGAUGCUGCCGGGGAAGGGCCCUUCAUUAAGUCCAGCUACGUGGAGAGUCCGGAGGUGGCCAGCGAGUGCGCAGCACCUGCCUUCCCCGAGAACUACUUCAACGAGAAGCGCCGGUUCAGCAAGGCCAGCCGUGCCAGCAGCAAGGCAAGGUCGGAUGAUUUGUCUGUGUGACCCGUCCCCAGCAGGGAUGAGGAGAAGGAGCUGUCCCAGCACUCAGUAGAACUUCUGCAAAGUGGACUCCAGACUCUCGCCCCUAACCUCCCUGUUUUAAUAUCCUCUCUCUAUCCUUUCCAGACAGCACCUCUCACAGCUCAAGGCAGGGGCAGCCACAGGCACUGAAGAGAGACACCAGUCUCGGGAUAUGAAGCCCCCAGCUGUAUUUUCACCACGGGACCCACGGGGGUUAGAGACUCCCCACCCUCAGCCUGGCAGAGCUCAGGCCGGCAGAAUCCUGCCCAGUGGGUAUCCACGGCGACACAGUAUUCAACAGACUGACGGGACCUCCACGCCUUCUGUGGUCUCUAUUCAACAUCUGCAACAUCAGCUUGGCAGUCAUACUGAGCUGAAGCUUCUCUCACCUGCGGGGAGCAGAAACACACCAGUCGGCUUUCUGAAAGAAAGAUUUUUCUCAUCCGCUUCAUUUUGGCUCUUUCUAACCCUCCCUUUCUCUACCUGAGCCCAGAUAUUUUGUACCAGUUUACCUACACAAUAAAUCCUACUUGAAUUUUUUGACGCUGUGUAUAUAACAACUCCUCCCCAUAAAUAAGGACAACCGUGGUCCCCAGUGCACAGCUGCCUCGUGUCGAACGUUGGAAUCCCUUCCUCAUUCCUAAGUCAGCGAAGCAGACUGGCCCCAGGGAAAUCACUUAGAUGACCAGUUGAUGAAGACUGGGGAAUUUUCCCAAGAUACUUAUGUCAUCAAUCCUAAGCAAGACAUCCAUUAAUAGGAAGAGAGACUCUCCUGUGAGAACAGAUAUCUCACGAGUAUCAUGUAGAAACAAAGCGGUUUUUCCCUUUUCGAAACUCAUCUUUCAAGCAACCUGAAUUCUGCUGAAAGGGUGCUGCCAGCUGCCCACUUGAGAGAAAAGCAUCCUCUGUUUAUCUGCGGAAGAGGUACGGCCUGUGUCUCCUCACCAACCUACCAAAACACUCCAGCAUCCUCUGCAAGCAGAAAGAGACCUGCUCAGCUCCCGCACAACAUUCAGCUCCCCCCUGCUCUCUCAAGCUUGCCAGCCGGCACAAGUCAAGUUAUUUGUCCCCACAUCAAGGCUCUGCUCUGCCGCCAGGCCUUCCUCUCCCCUCCUUCCCUGGCACACGUGGUGCUAGAAAUUCGCCCAUGGACCGGGUCUUCCUUUUUCUUCUCAGAGCAACCACUGGGGCCCGAGGCUGCACUGUGAUUCUGGUGGGUGAGGUCUGCAGGCAGCUCCCACUCAAGAUGCAUUUUCUCAGUGCAGAGCUGACAUCCCUCUGUCAAAGAUCUGCUAAACAGAGCCAAGCUGCUCCCUGUUGUCUACCCUGCACUGCCCUUUCAGACACAGGCCACAGCUUCCCAACGCUGCACUGCACAAGCAAUGGCCUGGGACCAGCUGAUGAGGGGACUGAGCCAUUCCCUCUCUUAGGGCCACUGAAAGUGAAUCCCUGCUCCUGAUACACAGCUUUGGUACAGCUCCCUGUACAUUUAAAUACACGUUCACGCUCAGACAGGGGAAACCGUGUUUUUGUUUGUAAGUUUUUAUAUAUUUGUUGGGUUUUUUUAAUCCUGAAAAGACCUGUGUGUUUUCCUUAACAUGAGAUUUUAGUUAGUCGUGUCUAGGUUUCUCCUAAUAAAGUUCUAACCCUAUCUCUCCUUGUGGAUGUUUCUCCUCUCACAUGGCUGAGAAUGCAGGGAUCAGGCUGCCCGCCAGCCUUUGCUGCUCAGAGAUCGCAAAAAUUCCCAUUGCCCAGAGUGGCAGGAAUGAGGGGAGGGUUUGGCCAGGGGGAUAAAUAAAAAACAUAGGGAAAAGAUUGAUUGACUGGCUAACAGGAACCCUCCCCACCACCCCAGCUCCCCAGCCUGCCUCUGCAUUACCAAGGAAGGAGGAGCUGGUCGGGGAGCAGAGCUUCCAUCCUCUUGCAAACCCUAGCUCCCUGCAUCUCCUUGCACAUCCUAGCACACCUCUGU